UGCACACAUACACACAGACAAGACACACACACACACACACAUUUCUUUCUUGUAUUUGAGGUGGAGCCUGCAACCCCCAGUUUUCCGAUGUGAACCGUUCGGAAAGCUGCCGAUGCUGUGGGUAACAGAUGACGGACUGUGACUGCGGCGGUUUUAUUAGGCUACCAGCAGCGGAUCGCGACACGGAUUUUUAGGGCACGGGAUCCGAAGAGGAGCGCUUACUGUCAGAAUUUUCCUAAUCCUAGUACACAAAAAGUGAAAACAGCAUGAAUUGUAUAAUAUUACUGUGGCUGUUUCCCGUGGUCUUCGCCGGGAAGUCUCCGAGGCUCAAAUUCACCGUGCACGAUCCCCCCGGGUUUCACUUCAUGAAACCAGAGAACUACACGACAGUGUACCACCAAGCUGGAAGCCACAUCCUCUAUGUGGGUGGCCAGGCUGUAAUCUACCUGCUGGCAUUUAGUGACAAAGAAGUGAAGAACACCCAGAUUCCAGUCACUGUGGAUGAGAAUGUGAAACAAGCUUGCUCCAGAAGGUCGGAUUUGCCAGAGGUGGAAUGUGCCAAUUACAUCACUGUUAUUCAGAGAGUCAAUGACAGCCUUUUGGUGUGUGGCACCAAUGCAGGCAGCCCAAAAUGCUGGCUUCUGGUGAACAAUACAGUACUGACUAACAUUACAGGCAGUGACAUGAAGAUAUCCCCAUCUGAUAUCUCCCCUCCCAACCCUUCCCAGAGGUCUUUCAGCUUGUCAGUAGAUGGAAACCUGUACUCUGCACUGUCAGCAGCUGGAGGUCAAGCAGGUUCCAUCCGCCGCACCUUUGGCUCCCGCAAGUUACUGAAAUCUGACAGAAAAUGGUUGCAAAAUACCCAGUUUGCCGGGGCAGCAGUUAUCCCAGAGUCCCAGAAGCACAAGGAAGAGAUCUACUUUUUCUUCAGUGAGCAUAACAGGACAGCUGAUGUGGAUGAGGAGCCCUACAAGGCUCGCGUUGGACGCAUUUGCUUGGUGGAUGAGGGAACCACUAAAACUGAUACCUGGACCACCUUCCUGAAGGCACGGGUCAUGUGUGGGCUUCUCAACUCUUCACAACAGUACAACUACAUCCAGCAAGCGUUUGUGUUGACCGCCCAUGAAAACAGAACUGGCGUGAUCUAUGGACUUUUCUCCAAUGCUUGGAAUACCACAGUGGUGUGUGCUUACUCCAUUGAGGAGAUUGACCAAGACUUCUCCACUUCCAAACUGAAGGGUACCACAGUGGCUCGCCCAAGAACGUGUAUUCCCAAGACGGUGACACCGCUAAGUUCCAGAGACCUGGAUGUGAUAAAGGAUUAUCCAGAAAUAGAGAAGGUGAUGAGGCCUGUUGGGGGAGUACCCCUGAACUUGCCCACCGAUGACCGGUUCACCCAAGUUGCAGCUGACACGGUGCUGGCAGUCAAUGAUGAGCACUACAGUGUAUUGUACCUGGGAACAGAAAAUGGUAAGGUCCUUAAAGUCCUGCACACAAUUGAAGAAGCCUUCAUCAUUUCCCAGUAUUCUCUGUUCCACAAUGAGGGUCCCGUUACUGCCAUGACUAUUGACUCCCAGGAGGGCUACCUGUACGUAGGAACAGCUAUGGAGGUUCAGCGCCUCCCACUGGCUGACUGCAGUCGAUAUGGUGACACUUGCAGGGAAUGUAUCCUCUCACGUGACCCCUACUGUGGGUGGGAGGCAAGCAAGAAGAGAUGUACUGCCAUUCCUCCGGGAUACAAUAUCAGCACUGGCACGAUAAUCCAGAGUCUCGACCAGUCUAACUCCUCUGUGUGUGGAGAGGCCGCAGCCCGAAAGAGCACUACUCCAAAAGAGGUGCUGGUGGAGCCAGAUGGGCUCGUCCUGCUGCCCUGCCCUGUCCGCUCCUAUCACGCCACCUACCGCUGGGAGAAAGACAAAUGCAUCAAGCGCUACUCCUGCUCCAUACUGGAUGACUUCUGUGUGCUGGCUACCACUCCAGAGCUGCCUUUAAAGGAGGGCGUCUUCCGCUGCAUGUCUAUCGAAAAUGACCAUAAGGAGGAAGUGGUCUCCUUCCGGCUGGUGUUCAACGGUGGGCCCCUCUCAGCCUCCUUGGCUUCCACACUUGGCCCAUCCCUUCUGCUGGCUGCUGCCACGCUCUGGCUCCUCUAGAUGUGUUAUCCCUUCUAACCCGCUUAAAAAAAUACAUGCCACCAAAAGAGUCAUGAUGCCUAAGUCUAGGUCACAGAGCACUUCACCACAGCUGUGAAAAACGUGCCAGGGGACAAAAAUACCUCAAUUUCUUCAACCCAGAGAUUUCCAGAGUUUUAAUACCGUGCUAGUAGCGACUUCCUCAAGAGUAAUUAGGUUGAUUGAAUUGCCUUAAUAGACGUCCGUCUCAGAAGUAUCUUUUUCAGUCAUAAACAGCCUAUGAUAAAGACAAAAAAGAGAGGUUUAUCGUAAGCUGCAAACAACUCCGAGUCUGGAGCAGCUGCAGUGGUACAGCUGAUAUGUGAAGCCAUUCUAUGUUUUAUUUGAACAGUUAUUUAUGAGAAAAACAUCAGUAAUAUACAUAGUUGCAGAUGAGUGCAGUAUUUUGAAAUUUCAUACCCUUCCAGUUCUCUGUUAACUGUGAGUCAAAAUUAUACAGAAACUAUUUUGUGAAUUGGCUAAUUUUAAGUUAUAUAUGUGUCAUAUAUAAAUAUUAUCUGUAUCUAUCAACAUACAUAUACAAAAUAUACCAUGUGGAGCAUUCUAAGAACUUGGCAUCAGAUUCCAACUGUAAGGAGUGCUUUGUGAACCCAACCAUGUAGACUUAAAUCAACCAGUAUUAGACUGGUUUGGAGUUCCUGGCUGCAUUUUCUUUGUUUUUCUACAAAUUCAGAUUCUAAAGUUGACUCUGCUAUUAUGUGAGUAUUAACGGCUGAAAUACUGCUACACAUCAAAAACAUCUUGUUCUAUCUCAGUUAUACUGUAUGCUUUCUAUGAAGAGCCUUCUUUUUCAAAGAAAUAUUAAAGCUUAACUUCAUGUGUGCCAUAUCCACCAAGCACAAAAUGCAUUAUAAGUAAGAAUUGUUAAAUCUGUACAGUCAGCUUAUCUUUGCACACUGCACUGGGACUGAUGUGAAUUCUGGGCUCAAGUCCCAGUUUGAGGCCAUGGAGAUAAGACAGUGGGGGGUGGGGGGGGACAGCCUUCGCAUCUUCCUGUUAAAUAUUUUCAUGCAGCUGCAAUUCCUGUAUCGUACAGGAAAUGAGAGAAGAAUGUUAGUGGGAGCCCACUGGCUUACAUAUGUACAUAACAUAUAGAUGUGCCUUUUGUAUUUGCUGUGUACAGUGACAUGCCGUUCUGUGGAGCUAACAUAGUCUUACUACUGGCCAAACGCUGAUGUGUACCAUGACAACCAAUAUGUCUGAGCUUUAGGUUUAUAUCGUGGCAGUGUUUUUGAAAUCAUGCAAUGUCUACCGAAUUUUAUUUCACCCAUAGAGCUGGUUGUAUGCAGAACGGAAAUCAGUGCAUAAUAAAAUGACUAAAAUAUUCAUUCCUUAAAGUUGAUAAAUACACAGAAAUAAAUGCACUGUGUGUUUCAGUUUAUACUCUUAGUAUAUCAAAGGCAGCAGACGGUCGAGAGAGGAAAAGUCUUCAGUGCAACACAUUUAAAUUUAUGAAUGCUACUGUUGAAAGCAAGAGUGGUUGCUUCAUUUGUUUUGAUUCCCAAGUUUUAUUUGGGCCCAGAUGCCAUUCACUUAUUGAACAAAGCUAUUACUGUGCAUCUAUUUAUUUUUACAAAUAACCGUCAGUGGCCCGGGCUCUUUGUACGUAAUGUUUAAUAACACAGCUUUCAGAUUCUCUUGGUGUGACAUUCCUGGACAGAUUAUAGCAUUUCAGUGCCAAAGCGGGUGUUGUACAGCUCCUCAAUUUUCCAUCCAUCUGUUUUCAUUAACCACUUGUCCUGGUAAGGGUCGCCAGGGUCUGAAGCAUAUCACAGAAUCACUGAGGGGUGUUUACACCCUGGACAGAACUCCACUGAAUCACAGGGUAUCCUACGUAUUUACUUUCUGUACAUUUUGUGCUUAGUGCCUCUCUUUUCCAUCUAUCUCCUCCACACAUUCCAUCUCUUCACACCCUAUUACCACUUUAUUCUGUCCUACUCUAGUGUCAGAAGUUUUUUUUGUAUUUCAAUAGAAUAUGAUUUGUAAGGCAAAUUUGUAUACAGUGUUACAGGGCUCACUUGCAUCAUUCUGUAGUUUUUACAAAACGUAAAACGUAAAAAAAAUGAGGGGGUAAUUUAUUGUUACAUGAAGGAAGUGAAACUAAGCGAAUAAAUUAUUUCUGGGAGGUAGCUUUGUUAUGCUUUAACUUACUGUUUUGCAAACCAACCUUCUAGGCACUCUAUAAAUCUGGAACCACAGCCCCAACAGGUGAAGGAAAUUAUGCAUGCAAAAUCUAAGGAAUAUAAGCAUUAUAAAUACUAUAUAACAGCAAUCUAUACUUAUUUAUUGGUUAAAUGUUGUAUUUUGGAGUUCUUGAUAUUUGCAGUGAGAUGUUUCAUAAACUCACAACAGCAUUUUUAAAAAGAUUUGACAGCAGUCUUUUGUAGUCUUAACAAUGUGGGUUCUGUGUUGUUUGCCUUACUUAAAUGACGGACGCAUUAGGCUGAUGAUUAACAUGCACAAAAAAGAGAAUGGUCCACUAGCCCUGUGCUGGAGCUUGUCUUGCCUUGGUCAUGAUGCACUUGCUUUUCUUGACACAAAAUUAAUACUUUACUUUAAAAUGAUUAAAACCACAUUGACAGCUGGGCCCAUCUGACAAGGUAAAGGUCUGUAUGACUGUAUGACAUGAAAGGAAUAUUUUUACAUUGUUCUGUGAGUGUUUACAGCUGGGUGUCUUUGAGUAAAAAUGUAAUGUAGUGUAAUAUUCAUUAAAGCUUUUUUUUCGCAGCCACACAGUUGUGUUCAAGGUCUAGCUUGAAAAACAAUUUACAACAUUUUUUUAUUUUGGCGUUUGUCCUCUUGGCAUUAAGGUUUGUACUGUUGCACUUCGCAGAAGGACAGAAUGUACUUUAAAUUAAUGUUAAUUCUUCAAUAGAAAGUAUUUCUGACAUUGUUAAAGUAGAAAUUCACAAUCUACAAAACUGCAGCAUCCUUGUGAGUCCUGGCUUUCAUCACGCUGCAACUGAAAAGUGUCGGUAUUAGGAUACAGGAGCCUAUUUUGGGUAUACAUUUAGCAAGAACGGUUACAAAGGCUGAACUGGCUAAACCAUGCUUGUGUUUUUCAUCUGUUUUUUGUACAGAAUAAACUUCUUUAAAAGUAUAAAUACAUGGAUGUAUACUGAAUCAAACAAUGACAUCUCUGAUUUGUUUGACUGAAUAUGUUAACUCGAAUAAAGUAUUCAAUAACA